CAGUGGGAGCUCGCAAUGAUUAAUUAAUUGCACAUAGUAUAAGCAUUUAAAUCAUAUCAAACUCUAUGCAUGACUGCAUAUAAGGGUAUAGUGGUCUCCAUUUCAACCACGCAAGUGCUGGUCUUAGUCAAUAAUUGCAUUUUUUCAAUGCUAACGAGAGCGACAUUCUAACGAAUGUUUAGUUUUUCGCGCGCUUCUUCACCAAUCGGACGUGUUUAAAAUUUUGCGCUUGAUUGCAAAAGUUCAUACACGCUAUCAACUUGUGAGAUUAAUUUGCUUGAUUAGCGCUAAGUGCAUGAACAGCAACUAUGAUGCAGAGCGUUGUAAGAGGCGCCCCAAAUGCCUCUACUAAAGAGGAUAGCCAGGAAGAAGGAGCACUAACGGCUGAAGCCUAUUUGGAGCGCCUGCUGAACGAGGGCAGCCAGGAGGGCGACAGCGGGUCGGACUUGGAGCUGCCGCCAUGGUACGAUGAGCAGCUUUUUAAACGCGGCCAAGGCUAUUUGCAAAAAUAUCGGAUGGUCAUGUUCUCGGGCAUGCUGGCCGGUCUGAUCGCCGUACUCGCCAUACCCUCCAUACUGCGUGUUUUGCAAUUCACGCGCCAAUCAUCGAAUGCUUUCAUGGCCUAUCGACGCUAUAUACGCACGAUAUUCCAUACACAAGCCUGGUAUUCCUAUCCCGUCGGCAGCGACAAGUCAAGCAAGUUUUGGACCAGCAUCGCCGCAGUACGUAACGCCCAUUCGCGCUCUAGCAAGGCCAGCGCACGCUGUGGUGCCGGCCAAAUCACGCAAAAGGACUUGGCACUCACGCAAUUCGGAUUCAUUGGCUUCAUAACAGUCGGGGCACAUCGCAUACAAUUGUACGAUGAGGAUUUCCUGGAGGCCACCACGCACAUGUGGCGCGUCCUGGGCUAUCUGUUGGGCAUCAAGGAUGAGUACAAUGUGUGCGGUCGCAACUGGGCCGAGUCCAAGGAGCGCUUGGAAAUUGUAAUGGAUCGAGUUUUUGCUCCGGCGCUGGAACAAACUAAUUCGGAAUUCGAUGAAAUGACGAAGGCGCUCAUUGACGGCCUUUGGCAUGUCAACAUGAUGUUAUCCUUCAAGGCGCAGGUGUUCUUCACAAAACGACUGGCCUACUGCCGUGGCUACGAAUACUACAGCUUCGAUUAUCGAGCUGGCGAGCAGCGCGAUCCACAACAGAUGCUAUAUUACUACGAUAUGAAAUUGUGGGAUCGCUUUAUAGUUAGUUAUGGUUUAUUCCUUGUCACCUAUUUGCAUAAAUAUGCCAUUGUGCGCUGGUAUCUGAACUUGCGCGUCUGGUUAAUGGAUCUAUUCAUCUACUAUUUCCCAUAUGCGGCCAUUUGGCGUUGGGGCUGGAAGUCUGCCUAUGUUCGCAUCUUUAGCAAAGAAGGCCAGGCUCAAGAGUUUCAUUUGCACUUCAAGGAGGAGUAAAAGAAAAAGAAGAAUAAAAGCUUCUCUGCUAAUUAGCAGUCAGUCUAUCAGUCAUUUAAAAAUUAUAUUGUAUUUAAAAUGCGUUAUUUAUGAAUAAAAAUUUAAAAAACCUAA